ACAUAGGAUUUUAGUUUGUAUUCUUAGGACUAAUAGAUUAUACAUGAUUGGCUGUUAUGGCUAAACUUUCUAGAUCUUAAGAUAGUACGGUGACCUAAAGAUAAAGGAAAUACCUAUUCUUGGUUAUUGCAUUUUGUUAAUUUUGUGGAAGAGGUUUCGGAUAAAUUGUAUAGCUAUUGUGUUUGUUUGAUCAAUUGUUUACUAUUUUUCUGAAAUUGUACAUUCUUGUCAGUAGAGUUAUUAGAGAAUUUGAGUUUUUGGAAACCCCUGUCGAUAUCGUUUACGUGACAAUGGAAAAAUAUGUUUGUAUGAGCCUCAUGAGUAAUGUUUAACAACCAAAAGUUCUAGUCGAGGUUUUUUGUUUACAUCGAAUCAGCUGAGUUGAGAAAGAAGGAAAAGAAGAAGUGACGACUGAGGAGUGAGAAGACUUGCACUUUGAAAACAGUUGAUUUCUUCUCAGUUAAUUAAGCAGUAUCUUCUGCGUAGUCUCUUGUCUUUGAUACAGGUUCUUUGCAAUUGAAAAGAGGCAGACAAAGAAGAAACUUUCAGAUGAAUGGCUGAAGCUGUAAGAAAAAAACGAACACGCUCCAAGAAAGUGUUGGGGGAAAAAUGUCAGCCAUUAGAAAAAGAUCAAUAUGGAAGCAGAGACGAAGAGGAUCCCUUGAAGGCUCUUCAUACUACUUAUGAAGACAUGCCUCUACCUAAUAUGUAUCAUAAUAUAUCUGCAUCAUCUAAGACUUCGGAUGGCAAGGAAUCUGUAAUUGAAAAUGACUCCAUAUCCUCUACGGAUAUAGAGCCAGAGGAAAGAAAAGAUGAGGCUUUUGAAAACACUGAGGUUUCCCAAUUUUGCCCAGUUUACAUCGUAAUAUAGAUACUAUGGAACCAUAUAUACAAGUGCAGAAACAACUUCACGAGUUAAUGUUGCAAGAUCAAUUGGAAACUCAUACUGAAAUAACUAAACCUUUCAUUCAGGAUAAAGCAAGUGCUCCUGCUUUUGAUGGCAAUUCUGUUUGCGACUGUAAUAUAGGAGCAACUGCUCCUGAGUUGGAUGAUACAUUAACAAUAAGGUCUGCAUACUUUCAAGAGGAUGAAAAAAGUCCAGCUCCUCUUUCAGAAGCAAGAAGUGCCCCAAAACAAAAAACAAAGAUAACACUUUCUGAAGAAGUGACUGUGGAGCCUCUUACAGAAAUACAAAUUACAUCUCUUUAUCAAAAUACAGAAUUAGAAGAAAAUCAGAUUUAUAUAUCACAGUUUGUAGAUGAGGAGAGGAAUAUUGUUCAGUUGGAAUUUUAUCAAUUAGUUCUAGGAUACUUGCGUGCAAGAACAGCUCUUGUUAGCACACAGCGAGAACUGUCAGGUAUUUUGGAUGAAUACAAAAAACAGCAAAAGAAUAUUUGGGUACUUGAGAAGCGAACUGUUUCUGAAGAAGCAGAGUGUGAGGAUAAUCGUCUGUUAACAGCAACGCAUGAGUAUGAAGAAGCCAUCUACAAGGAAGAAAUUGCAAGUCAUGUUUCCAAGCAGCUGAUGUUGCGUGAAAUCUUGUCAGAUUCAUAUGCACUUAAUGCGUAUGCAUCAGAAUUGUCAAAACUUCAGGUUGAAAAUUAUAUGCAGAAGGUCUUAAGUGACUGUUCAGAGUUUAUGCAGCUACCUAAAAAUGCCAAAGUGUCAACAAGUAAUAGGAAGGAGCAUAGUCAUCACCUACAGCCUCAUAUCAAGAAAUUAAAAAGUUGCAUCAGUGUGCUUUUUGCUUUUCAACGGCAGGGCGUAAAGGACCACCAGUUUGUACGUGUUACUAGACAAUGGUUAACUGAUCUUGUAGCUAUUUUACAGUUGGUUGCUGUGCAUCAAGAUCAUCUCUUCUUGAUUAACCAUGUCAUGAGAUGUCCAGCAGGUGUUGGAUCAUGGGCACCGUCUUAUAUACAGGUAGGAGGGCCAUGGCAGCAAGACUUUAAAGAUGGAGGAAUGUUAGGUUGCUGGGCAUUGGAUCAUGCACUCACAAUCCUCUCUACUAUUCUGAAUCCAACAAGUGGUCGUGAGGAUUUCCUCCACAACUUGAAGCCUAGUCCAUCCCAAGAAGUCUUAGAUGGGGAAAGUAGCACAACAGAUAAGAGUUCAGACAGUGUGUGGGUAGUUGUUGAUAGCUCAGGUGAAGAAGAGGAAGACCCUUCUCAUUUAUGGUUGCUCUUCACAGAAAAUGAUGUUGUACAGAUUCUUAAUCAGGUACCUUUCAAGGAAAUAUUUCAACACAUGCUGCUUAUAGACGAAGAGAAUGACACACUCAAAUAUAAUAUUUCCUGCACAAGUAGGCAGGGCCUAAUGAAGCUCUUUGCCUUUGCUACGUAUUUAAUACAAUUGUUUCGCGUUGGUUUGGAAACUUAUUCUCAGGUCCGUUAUCGCGGAGUAACCAAGCGACUCUGUCGUUUUUUGCGACAUACAAUAGAAUACAUCACUGACCACUGGCAUAAUUACUUGAGAUUCUAUCAGUCCCUGCCUCAACAUAGUUCAGAUAUGAAUCAAGUAACAGCUCAGUGGGCUGUACUUCAGAUUGAGUAUGAUCAGCUGUUUGAAAGAGCUGUUAAUUGCAUGUUUGGUAAUCCACGUUCAGGUGCUUGGCAGUUUCUUGCUGUCAUUCCGUACAGCAGUGUAUCAUUGCUAAGGUUGGUGAUUACAGGGACACAAGUUGAACAACUACCUGAGUCUCUAGUGUAUGAACUUUGUGGAUAUCCACCCACGCUGUUUGUAACAGCAAAUGUAAUUCUACCUGCAAACAAGUCACAGUUGGCUAAACCAGUAUGGGAUUUAGCGACUGCCGUGGAUGGCCCCAAGGACUGUGUAUUUGUUCUAGAUAGAGGUGCCUUGCUACAGAGAAGACCUUGCAACACACUAUCAAUCAAAGAUCAAGCAGACAGAAGAAGGAAUUGCCAACCUGGGAGAAAGGUAACUUUGACUGGGGGGAUGGUCCAUAAAGUGAAGCAGGAGUUUUUAUCAAAUUGGGAAAACAAGCAGCAGUUCAUCAACCUCCUAACUGAAAAACUACAGGCAGAUGGAGUCGAAGUUCACAAUGCACAAGGAGAUGCAGAUCCGUUUAUUGUCCAAACAGAUGUUGCUACAUCACAAAAGGUACCUACUGUAGUUGUUAGAGAUAGCGUAACAUGCAAUAUUCUUUUUCUUCAUGCCAUCUUUGGAUAUGACACUACUUCAAGGAUAUUGGGUUUGGCAAAGCUUCCACGGCCAUUUCUUCUCAUGGGAGAAUUAAAUGGCAGACAUCCUUUAUGGGGAGAUGUGACAUCAAAUCAAAAAGGGAAUAUUAUAGCUUCCAUAAUAGAAAAUGAAGAUUUAGGAUUUUCAAAUACUGAAGAACCCACUCAUUAUCAUAUCCAGACAGAUUCAUCACAUGCUGGUAUACGCUUGGCAUCGGGUGCCUUCCGAUCUUCUCCCAUCUUAAGUUUAUUAAUUGAUGCGGGAGAAAUCCCACUUGAGUCAUAUCGCCAGUCAUCAAUUAUCAGCUGCAGAGGAGCUCUACCCAUCAUAGCAUCAAACUUCAUGGUGGAACUGUAUGGAAUUUUAACAGCAUUGGAACAUAUUGCAACCCUCAAGAAUUCUACUAAUAUUACCACCUUUUGUGAUCCCAACAGUGCAUUACAGGCACUAGAAAUUUUCUACAUCAGCGUCAUUGCAAGAUUAUGGGAACAGCAAUGGAAUGAAGUAGGACCAAAUAAAAUGAAAGAGUUUGCCACACAUACACACUCCUGGAAACAUGAAUCUAUGGGAAGUAAUGAUAUGCUGCCUCCAUAUAGAGCAUUCAAGAUUGACUCAUGGGUAUCUCAUGAGCGUUCUAGAUUGAUGUCAGCCAUUCAGAAAUGUUUGGUAGCAGAUCAAACCUACAUAACAUUAGCCAAAAGUCUGGUAGCAUCAGCCUUUCCAGGAAAAAUACUUAACCUCUUUGCUGCAAUGUUGGUGCAUCAUAUUAAGAACUAUGCAAAGUACAAUCUAUCAUCAGGUGCACCUGUCAUUUGCUUCUGGAUGCAAGUUAUGAUUUGUAUACCAGAUUGGGUACACAGUAAUCCAGUCCUCUUUUUGUUAGAUACUAUAUGCCAUCAUGCUUUUAGUGAUGCUGCAUGCUGGCAAGAAAUCAUGAUUGGAUUUUCAGAAGUCAUGAAGUCUUAUGAGGAUAAACACACUGCUGGAGGAGGAUUGAGUGGUCUCUUGUCAUGGCUCACUGCAGGUACAACAGCUCCAAACUCGCUGUUAGUUCGCUCUUCAGCCCCACAGUUUCCUUGGUAUACCUUAGCAGUUUUGAUGCUGGAGACACAGCAGGAGCUUAGUUCAGGUUUAUGGAAAAACCUUCUUCUAGAACUAUAUAGUAAUCCUCAAGUCACGCUGGAAGAAGCACUAAAGAAAGUGGGCACUGAUAUGGGAAUUAGUUCUGUAUCAUCAAGCCUUCUGAGUAUUUACCGAUGGGGCCAACAAGUGAUAGAUCUUCCAGCAGAUCACCCUGCUCUACCUGUUACCUUACAAAUGUACCUUACACUCCAUCUAGCACGUGUUCCACCACAGCCUGGGCAAUAUGAGUGUGGCUGUGUGAUUCUGAGAUUCUACCAGGGAUUUGUAAAUUCAUCAUUUUUAGGGAAGAUUAAGAAAAAAGUAAGGUCUGCCGUAGAGCAUUACGAAGCUAAAAAUGCUAAACAAGAAGAAAUCGAAGCUGAGGAAAACAGUGAAGAUGCUCAGACAGGGGAUACUAUUAAACUCCUAAAUGCUAUGCAGUUGUGGUUAGAUGAGGCAUGUCUCUAUGAAUCAGGAGUGUACCUCCCUGCAUUGCCACCUCAUCUCCUGCCUCAGAAAUUGAUGCAAAUAUUCCAGAGUAACUGGGAACCAUGGCCAGAGUCAGUUAACCAUGGAUCAUUAGAUAGAGCAGCUGACUCUUUUCUAAGGGUAUGGGAUCAACAUCGAAAUAAUAUAAAUGACUCCAUUUGUGGUUCUCCAUCAAACACUCCAAGAAGACAUAAAAAGCAACUUCUUGCUGAAGACUCCAACUCAGAAAAGGAUUCUACAAAAGCUAUUUUGAAGAGACUGAAAACAUAUGAACCCCCACAACCUCCCCCUCCUAUUCCUCCUCUGAGUCCUCUUCAUUUGCCACAUCUAAAUGACAAUACUCUGAAUGAUCCUGAGGCUCUACUGUACCUUGUUCAGCGCUACACAGAUGUAAUAAUGGAGCAUUCUCAGACUGUGGGUCUUUGGAGCAAGGAGAUGUGUGCCCUUGACUGUUUCUACAGAGAGUUAUUACCACAACUAUGGACAAAUUUCUACACUAAGAAAAUCCUAAGCGCAGAAUGCAUACCACCAAAGAUUGGGCGCAAACAGCCUGAUUGCUCAGGUCAUGCUAGUAUUGUAGUGGAGUUUUCAGAAGCCAGACUAUGUGAAGGAGUACAUGUGCAUAUAGAGCAAAAUAGGAAGCAACACGAUCUAGUGCUUCAGCAGUGUCAGAACCCACCACCACUGCAGCUUUGCCAAGCAGCAGUGAGCUUAGAGUCUAUCAUUACGGAUCUUGUGAAUGAAUAUCGAAAAUUGGACAGAAAUGAAAACAAGCAGAGAUGGAUGUUAGUGCUUAUAAGUGGCCGUAAACUUUUUUACCACAUUGUUCAACUGACGUCAGAUGAAACCAACUUCUACCCACCUGCUAAACAGCUUAUUACUUCUUGUGCAGAAGUUUUGGGCCAGGAGUUUAUUUGUGGUCAUGCAGAUUGCCAAGAAAGUCUUGUUGCCCAAGUAUUAGAAUGGGAUGGCAUUUUGAGGACUUUAGUUCCUCAUUUUACACCUGCAGUAACUCCAGUUCAUACAUACACUCUGUACUCAUCUCUCAGUCCUCAUGCUCUUGUAUCACCUGAUCAUACUUUCAUGCUUUUAUCCAAGUUUGACAUAGAGAGAUGGCUUGUUGAUGUAAAACCAAGUUGUAGUGAUCAAACUCAGCUUGUUAAUACAAUUGGAGCUGCUUUAUCAUCCCUCCUUCCACAACCGAAGCCGUCUGGACUUGGUUAUUUUCAGCUCUAUCGGGUGCACUUGAGGACAUUGCUUAAUUAUAAAUUCCCAGAGCACUACAUAGAAGUACUAACCGUAAUGCUUCAAGUGUCAGCUACUCCACAGGAACUCUGCAAGGAAGUCACAAUUGGCAUGUGGUAUGACCUCAUGAAUAUUCUAGGUAAGGGAGUAGCAGAUUUCUCACCUGAUAUGGACCGUGAUAGUCUAAGCAAGGCUGUAAAAGAUUAUGCACAAAACCAAGACAAAUUGUCUCCAACCAUGGUAAAGGACACCUUGAAAAUGUUAUCAACAUAUUUUGUACGGCAACGUUUAGAAUGUGGGUUAUAUGGAUUAUAUCCUAAGUAUCAGCUCCAUGUUCUUCCAGUUGCUACUUUCAUUGGACUGAUAUCACAUGUCUACAUAGUGACAGAGUUACACAGAAACUGGGGAGAUGACAAAGUUGUCCAGAAUGUCUGGACUGGAAUUGAAGGAUUAUGGGCUGGAUGGAUAGCUCCUCUAAGUGGCCGUGACCGUGAAAGUGGGCCAGCCUGGUUACGUCAGCUCACCCAGGACAUUCGCCUCUUGUUACCAUGGGCUCCAAGUGAUGUAGAAUCUGCUGAUAUCAUGGUCCACAUGUUUGCCUCUUCUCUGAACUUUAUGCAUCAGUUGAUACCAGGUGAAUCUUCCAGUUUGGUUUUGAAUAACUACAGUUCUACAUUUGCCAUGAAGGAAGUUAGAAGCCACAUUUUAGCGGUAGUUCACAAUCACCUGUCAGCUCUGCCAUGGCAUCACCUCCAUCCAUCUCUUCAAGACACCAUAAUUCUUUUUCAGGUUGUUGAGCAGUAUUUACCAGAGUGCCAUAGCUUUGUUGGGGGUGUCCUUGUCCAGGUUAAUUGGGACAAGGAUAUUCAAGCAUUGUUGCCGUCCCAUGGUUCUUCAGAGCAUCAUUCAUCAAGCUCUCCUGGGCAUAAAGGUGUUGCUAAUCCUGCCAGUAUAGUCACUAAUGAUCCUCAGCAAUCUGCAGCUAAAUUUCAUCAAUGUUUGUUGAAUCUUCUAGUCAGGAUAUCAAUGGAACCAAGCGUACGGCAGUCAACCCUUCUUCAGACCUUGCUUCUAGAUUCUGAAAAUUUCUAUUGGUGGCUUGUAGAUGGAGAUAGCUAUCAGCGGGUGGUGAAUUGGUGGGUUAUGAGCUGUGAUCCACGAAUUGUACUUUCUCUACCAGAUCGUAACCCAGUUGAUAUAGCUGUUAUACAGUUGCUACAUCGGGCUGCUGGUUAUACUCCUGACACAAAAUCCUUCCAUCAAGAUACGGGAGCCAAGAGAAGCUUCCUUGUCCGUGCUUUGGUAAGACUUCUGACGUCUGCUACAGCAAGACACAAAGCAUUAUUGUCUGCAAGACCUCAUAUUUUUGAGACAACCAUUUUCAACCUUCUUUCACAUAUGCAAGAAACUCUCAUUGCAACUUUACCAAAAGAACAGCAAUGGAGUGAAGGUGCUAUUUUAAGCACUGAAGUAUUAGCACUGGUCAGUGGUGGGGCAUCUUCAGCUGCAUUACAAGAACUCUCAUGUUCAACUAUUGUCAAGUGGUUCAGUUCUCAGUCACACCCUUCACCAGGCCUUCUCUUCCCCCUUCUUGUAACAACAUCUCGUACUAUUCUACACCUGAAUCACCGAAAUGCUAUCAUGCAGGCUGGGAUAUCUGCACUUUUCUUAUAUAAUGACUGGUGUGGUUGGGAGGGAGAAAUACACUGGCCUCUUGUUAUAUCAUCCUUGUCCUUUCCUUUGACGAAUCCUGCAGCAAUGAUGAAUUUGGCAUCUCAGGAAGGUCAACUUUAUGUUGUUUAUGCAUAUUCAAAAUGGCAAAGGCAACAGUCAGUAAGAUGUGCAGACAACUUGCUUCUCUUGUCAUCUCUACUUGAAUUACUGGGGUCCAUAGUACCAAAUGUAACUUUGGAAUUAGGGCUUACUUUGCUCUUUAGUGAGAUUUUAGAACUGAUUACUCAGACCAUUAAAGAGUCAGGAUCCAUUGAAUCUGUCUGGCAACACUGCUGCACCUUUGCCUCAUGUUUGGCUUGUUGGGCUGAAGAUCGCAGCUCAACAGGGAUUUUAGCAGCAAUUGGACUAGGAAGACAGUCUCCCUUGUCUCCAGGUGCACGCCUUGUAUGCCGUUGCCUUAGCACAUUCCUUAGCUUGCAAAUGCCAAGGAGGGGAGUAUUUCGAACACACCCGUGUCACCCCCACAGUGAUGUUGAUGAGUCACAGACAAUUGGAGACAGUGGAACAUGUACUUUGGAACAGCUACGUCUUCUCAGUUCUAAUGCAACAUAUACUGGACUUACUCAUCCUUUAAAUGAGGCAAUACAGUUUAUUGAGGAUCCUGCCCAUUGUAUUGUGGAUGUUCACAUUUUACUUGCCAAGCUAGUAUCAGAUGUAUUACCAGAUCCAAUUUUACAUCACCUUACAAUGGAAGCAAAUUCAUUGACUCCAUCUGCACCUCCACCACCUCCAGUAUAAACUCCUGAAUACUACCAGAUGUGCCUUUGACAAGUUUUAUCAGAGAUGAUGAUGAAUGAGAGGAAAUGACAGGAGGAGGGCAGAUUUGUCACACACCAGGUGUGGUGUGAGUAAACAAAGAAAACGUGAUAAAAUUUACAAUUGGAAGAUCAUUGACCCUUGCAUUGGAGAUGUUAAUAAGUUCACAUUUUCUACAUAAUGCCAAGUCUGAAUUUUUUUUUUUUAGUUUUUCCAGGUGAAAUUUUUUGGUGAAAAGCAUGUGUUCAAGGUUGGUGAAAAGCAUGUGUUCAAGGAUUGUAAUAAAGAUUUUAAAACUGAAUAACAAAAAUGGUGUUACUUUACUCCAUUCUUCAAGAGGUACCACACUGAAAUGAAUCACUAAUGAAAGCUACAUAAUUCAAUACUUGAAUAAUUACCUAUAUAUCAUUUGCAUAUUUUAUCACUCUACCAUAAUAAAACAUAAUAACAUAAGAGUACAAUGUAAUAACAGAAAUGAAAAUAACAAAGAAUGAAAGUACUAGACAAAAAAUUAGUCAGUUAUACAAUUGGCUGGACACUGAUCUCAUCCCAAGUGGCAAUAAUAGACUCUCAGCAAAUGGUUUGAGAGCUGCAAGUAACUUUUACUAUCCAAAGCAUGUAUGCUUUGUACACCUUCAUAGACCAUAGUUGCAGGAGAGAUUCUCCUUGCUUCAUGGUUUUAUGGAAAUUGUUAAGUUUUAGCCAUUUAACAUAAUGGAACUGCAUUUAUUCAUGACAUGAAUGGUUUGAAUUUUGUUUUGUUUGAAACUUUGAUUUGAAUUAAUGUACUUUGUAAGAGUAUUAUUGUUCAAAAUGUGUACGUAUAUAUUCCUGCGUAAUAAGUCUUGGAGGUCUUUUAGUUUGCACCCAUACAAUCUUUUGCAACAAAAUUAGCGUUUUGUUUGUUUAUACAGGAAAAUGUUUAACUUAUAAUAUAAAAAUAAUAAAAUGCAUCAUUAUAAAGGAUAAGAAAAAGAGAAAAGCCAUUUGUAUCAAUUUGUAGCUUUUCAAGUUAUGUGUAGUUACUGUACCUUUUAUUGAGCAAAAAACCGAUUUUGUGAUGAGUGAUUUAGAGGAUGGCAGGUAAUAUCAAUUCAUGGUAUGUCAAAGUUAAUUUUUUAUUACUAUGAAACCAGGUAAAGGAUGUCUGCUUUACCUUGGGAGUUGGUUAACACUUUAAUUAUUUCAUAUCAGCUAAUUGUGAUGGAACACGAUAGAUUUGGUCCAGAGGUGAAAAAUCUUGAUGUGGUUUACCAGACAAGGCUUAAUUUUCUUAUAAAUUUUUCAGUUAUUAUAGUUUUUAUCCAUUUUCUUAAACUCUGUUUUCUUCACUGUGAUGUUGAACUCAAUUUUAUAUUGUAAUUGGGAGUAUUAUGUUGUCAGUUCUUGAAUACUUUCUUCACAAUGGUAUACCCAUUUACUUUUAAUUAUAUACUUAUAGUGAACUUAACUUUAAUAUGUAAGAAUGAGAUUUUAACAAUCAUUGUUUAACAAGACCUAACAAUUUGCCAAGAUGUUCAUUUUUAUGGUACCAUCGUCAAAGGCAUCACUUGAAAGACAUUGACCUUGAAUAUGCAAGAACUAGAUCUAAUAUACAAAAUGGCAGAAGGCUCCCUUUUAUUUUAACUUCAGAAGACAGUUCCUAAGCAGGUGAUAAGCCUAUUUUUUAUAGGGAGCAAGCUAGGACUAAUGCUUAAAACCUAGUCACUACAGAUACUUUAAAAUCAAGAGGUUGUGAUAUAUGAAUUCAAGAGUAGCCAAAAUCCAACUCAAAAAUAGCAUCAAGCUAAAUGUGAUAGAAUUUUAAUAUUUUUGCUUAUUCGUGUGUUCUACACAAGCAGUCAGUGGCUGGUUUUAGAUGGUACCAAAUUGCUAGUAUAUAAUGGUUAUCAUUAUUGUUUGUUUGUUUGAAGCAGUAAAUAUUUUUUUCUUGUUUUAAUUGCUACUUUACAAUUGCUUCAUGGUAAAUUGUAGCAUUAUAUUAUCAUCAUCAGAGUUUAUUGAAUUUUAUUUCAGACAGGAUACUUUAAGAAUUGAUUUUAACUUGUGGAUUGUGCCGUUAAAUAAAUAAAUUAAAAAAAAAAAUUUUUGUACAAAUUUACUCAGAAAUAUUAGUCCCCUUUAUUAAUGAUUUUCAACAGAAUAUAAUUUUAUUUCAUAAAUAAAAAACACACUAGGGACUUAGGAAUGAUAACCAUACUGUUUGGAUUUGAUUAAAAACCCAGUGCACAUAAUGUCAUUAAUUUAUGACAGACAAAGCCAUCACACUUUAUGCUUUGUGGGUUAAAGGUUAUGCCUUGGUUGGUUUGAUGUAUGUAUGAUUGUUGCUUUAAGUGAUAUAAUAUAUUUGCAUAAAUUUUGUAAAACUGUUAGACAAGGCUUUCUUCAAAAUAGUUUUAUAUUUUUAUCAAAAAUAAAAUUGUGACAAAUUUUAAUAAGAAGGGUAACAAACAAAACAA